AUGAAUAGAAUUCUAAAUGCGGUGAGGUUGAGGAGGAAAGUGACUCAAGAGAUUGAGAAUAAGGAGAUCGUUGGGGAAAUAGGUCUUCAGACGGAGAAUAAUGGAAGUAUUAUGGGGAAAGAAAAUUUGGUUGAAGUUGGAGUUCCUGAAAUUCUGAGUUACUUCCCAGAGCUAUACGUAGACAGCUCGAGUGGGUUUUCUACAAAGGGAGGAAUUGGGCAGAUGAUUUGUGGAACAAUAUCAUCGUACUUUGAAGAUACUUGGAACAGGGUCAUGAAUGAAAUGAAACAAAACAAAUCCAGAAAUAUUGUGAGUAAAUCAUCUGAUUUAAGUUUUGGUGUUUAUUUGAAAAGAGAAUGGCACCGUUUAUGGUUGGUUAGGAGCUUUUUGGCGUUCACAUGGGAAAGUUAUUUGGAGGACUUAAUGAUUGCAAAUGACCAAUUUGGUAGGGACUACUUGGCCCUGCCUAGUUAUGGUACUGAUUUGAAGGAAGUUGGUAAAAUUCCCUUGGGUGAGAUUCUUUGUAUUAUAAGUAGCAGUAAGUUGUCAUCUUCUGAAAAAAGCUCUAUUACAAUCCCCUUUUCAACAAUACAAGGAAAAAUGAUAACUAAGAAGUCAUUAAGUUUUAAUAGUAACCUUCAUUGGAGGACUCCUCCUCCAAAUACAGUUGCCAAAUUUCGUAUAUUCCAAGAUCAGAAAAGGUUAUCAAAAACGAAUGUUAGUAAUGGAGAAAGCAUAGGAGAAUCUCUCUAUCUUUCAUUAAACAUUGACAAUCCUCAGUUUCUUUGGAAAGGUUCGUUUUCUAAUCAAAUUCCAAAGGAAUUCGAAGAUUUUCAGAUCCUUGCAUCUUCCAUAAGAGUUCUUAGAAAAGAUGAGACUGCCAAAUACACCAUUUGUGGAAAGAAAAGCCUUGUAAUCAAAUUACUUAAUUGGUACCAUGAGACACAAGAAUUAAUUAAUUACGAAGGUACUUAUGUACUUUGCAAAUACUUUGUUGAACAAGAAAACUUUCAAUUUGAUAAUGACUCAAGAGAUUCUCAAAUUCACGGAAAUGUAACAAGUGUUGAAUACUAUAUUACAUCUGAUGAUAGUAGAAAAAGGAAACUUUUCUCUGGUCUAACAUACAUAUCUAAUGGAAGUUAUUUUUCUCCAAUGUUAGAAACCGUUAUGAGAGGAAGCUCCAAAGCUGUAAUUUAUAUAACCAAAGAAUUGGCAAAUUUCGAACUAGGAAUUUUAAGAAAACAUUCUGAAAAUUCUAAGUUUGCAAACAGUCUUGGAAGUAUAAUAACUGGUAUGGAUUCUGGAAGAAAGUAUUUUCUUCAUUUAGAAAUUCCGUCUGUGGAAAAAGAGCUUCAAGAUCUACAAAGGAAGGAAAAAGAGAAGACUUUGUUGUUCAAACACAUAAUGAAGAAUAAAAUACAGUUUGAAAGUAGGUUGCAGAUACUGCAAGACUUAAGGAAUUUUGGACAUUUAGUAGUUUCUAAAUUUCCAAUGAAAAGUGGAGAAUCCGUAAUAGUGGAGAAUGUUUACAUCAAGGAAAUGGGUAACGAUCCCAUUCUUUUGGAAGCACUUAAAGUUAAACUAAAUCAUCAACUUCUUUUAAACAACUUAUUUGAAGUUCCAUUUGUGGUUUUUGAAAUUAAAAAUCACUCAAAGGAAAGGUUUCAAACAUUUAUGGUUUCUCCAUGUAUACGGAAUUACAAUGAAUUACUUUUUUAUUCCCAUUUUGGGUGGCUUAAAGGAGAAUCUAUAAAAAGGAGAAGAUUUGACAUCACUCCAAAUAAACUUUAUUCAAAACAAAUUUUUGGAGAUUUGAGACAAACUAAAGAACAGGAUUAUCAAAGAAAUGACCAGCUUCAAAUGGGAAUGUCUCAUUAUAAUAAAGGAGUGAGUUUGCUAGUAGAACUUGGAGGUUUUGAUUUCCAUCUUGAAGAGGGAAUUUUGGAGGAUUUAAGAGACAACAGAAGUAUAUAUUCUUUAGAAUUGGAAUUUGAGUGGUUAAAUAAUAAUUCUGAAGGAGGACUAUCCUUAUUUUUUCAUAUUUUAAGGACAUCUUUCUUCGUUUUAUAUGAGUCCUACGGAGGAGAAGCCUCCGAUCUGAGUCAGGCCUUAUUGGAUACACUCAGUAUAGUUGAUAUUCAGAAAUGGAAAUCAUCUUUGAGAUUUUCUAGAAUGAUGGAAUUAUUGAUUUUAGAAACUAAGAAAAGAGCUGGAUCCAUAUACUUUAGCAUUAUUGGACUAUUAACUCAGUUGUUGAUGGAAAUUCAUUUGGAGGGAAAAACUAAUGGUGAGUUGGUUGAGGAUUUACUAAAUAAGGUUAGAGAAAGCAUGAGACAUGCAUCAGUACAGAUCAUUUUGUUGGAUUACUUGAUAACUUGGAUACUUAUCAACGUUUCAGUUUUUCGAGUAUGUACAAAAGACCUCCCUCUGAAUAUUGGGUGUAAUUUCCAGAAUCUCCUAUUUUAUCAUAGAAUUUGUAGACACUUUCUUCAUUCUAGAAAGGAUCAAAUUCAAGUCCAACUGGAGGCUUUGUGUGGAAAAAUUACUUUUACAGGGAUAAUUAACAGCAUAUUACCAAUUAUUACGUCAAAUACCAAGGAUAGGGAAAAUGGAAAGGAAGCCUUUUUCCAGCAUCUAAUAAGAUUCUAUAUUUUUGAGAAAAUAUCACAAAUAUUGGUGAACCCAAUGGAUACAGAAAACCACUACAAUAAUGAAGCAGUAAGUUAUUUUAAUCUUCUCAGGGAGGAACCAACACUUGACAUAUUAUCUCUAGGACACAACAAAAGUGGAAUACUGGGAUUAGGGCCUCCUAGAAUUCAGCUUUUUUCUGAUUUGGAAUCUAAUCUUUACCCAGAACUAUCAAUAAUUAAUGGAACUUAUUUGCUAGAUGGAGUUGAGGAAGAAAAAACUGGAUAUUUACAAAAGGUUAUGAUACCAGAUGAAUCAUUUUUAGUAAAAGGAAUUACCUCAAUAGGUUAUGGAACUGAUCACAUAAUAAUUCUUGGGAAAGAAGGGAACAUUCUAACUUGGGGAAGUAACUCCUCGGGUCAGUGUUGCAUUGAAAAAAAGACAGUUAGUAAAAGAAUUAAUAUUGAGUUCAAAGUUGACAGAGAUUCAAAAGAAUUAGUUAAAAGAAUUGAAGACUAUGAGAACCUUGUUUUCUACCCAACUCAGAUUUCUUGUUUUUCAAAUGUUUAUGGUAAAAUCACAAUUACUAAGAUAGAUUGUGGGGCAUUUUUCACUCUCGCUCUAGAUUCUAAUGGUAUCUUAUUUUCUUGGGGCCAGGGUAGAGAUGGAUGUUUGGGAAUAGGAAACUAUGAAGAUUCUUUUACUCCAAAAAAGGUCAAUCUUGGAAGCAGAAUUAAAUCAUUUUCUGCAGGAAUGUUUCACUCUGCUGCUAUUGAUGAAAACCUUCAACUUUUUGUUUGGGGUUCAAACGAAUCUGGACAGCUUGGGACAAAACUAUAUAUGGAUGAAAAAGCUUUAAAUAAUCCUUUCAAAAUUUCAGUACAGCUUUUUAGGACUGGAGAGAGAAGUUCGAGACUAACUAUCGCAGCUUUAAACGAAGAUUCCGAGAAAGAUCCUGUGGAAGAAGUUAAAUGGAAAGGAAUAUCUCUUGGAGAAGCUCAUUCUAUUGCUUUGGAUACAAAGGGACAGGUUUGGGUAUGGGGACAAAACAAUUUCAAACAGUUAACUGGAAUUCCAGAGAUGCUUCAGGUAGAAAUAAUACCUAAAAGUAGGAUUUCUUCUGAAUACUAUAGAAGACUAUACUCUCAGGUUAUUUUCCCAACUCCCUUAGUAUCCACAGAAAAAAUAGAGGUUUUUGCAUCCAGAAAAAUUAAUAUGAUUUUCUCGGGGAGUACAUCUUGUUGUGCUAUUGAUGAAGAAGGAAAACCUUGGAUUUGGGGACUGAGUUUCACAGGUAUAGAUCAUUACAACUCUAACUCAAUAUUUUUGAGGAAAAAUACUACCGGAAGCAGUAACCAUACAAACUUAAAGGAGUUUGAGUUUCCUGUCCGAGUUUUUAGGAACAUAACUCCAGAUAAUGAUUCCAUUAGGAUGGUACGAUUUGGAAAGGGGAAUAACAAUAUUUCAAUGAUUAGUAAACUGGGAAGAUGCUACCUUUGGUUGGAAAAUAAAGAACUUGCUACUGAUCAGAUGAGGUACUCCAGUAAUCACAAUUGUUUCAUACUUGAAGAUUUGAAAAGUAUAAGCUUAAAAGACAAUCAAUCAAAAAAUUCUCAAUACCAUUCAAUUCUUGAUGUGGCUUUACUUUCAGACUCUAUCAUUUUUAUCACAAAAAAAACCAGUAGAAGACAAAGUAACUAG